AUUUCCUCUAUGACAAAGGGUUGUAGUUUUAGUCUGCAGCUACAGGUGUUGGUAGUAGUGAAUUGUGUCAAUAUGGCUGCAAGUGAAGAUUCUGAUUAUUUUGGAAGCUGGGAAGAGAUGGCUGAUACAGGGGUUUUGGAUGAACAGAUUGCCCAGAUGCAAGCAACGAUAGCUUCCAAUCAAGAAAAUAGUACUAGAUGCUCAGAGAACAAACCAGUUGUGAUAUUCCAAGAAGAGGAAGGCCGGACCAGGUACAACUCUUCAGAACCAACUGUCAAGAUCCUGAAGAGGCCAUCCAACGGUGGGGAAAACAUGGUCAAUGGAGAUUCAAGCCGGAUACCCAAAGUACCUGUCAAAACCUUACAGCAGAGAGAGCUGGAAUAUGCAGAGGCUCGGUUACGAAUCCUGGGAGAGGCACGAAGUCCUGAGGAGGAGUUAGCGAUAGCAGUAGAAGAAAAGACUGUGACCAUUAAGAAAAUGCCAAAAAUAGACAUUCUUAAACCUCAAGACAAUGAAACCAUUCUGCGACACCCGCGUGGCCCUGACGGAACGAAAGGGUUCACACUGCAACGGUAGCAGCUGCUUUGCGUCUCGUCCCUACUUGUAUAUAACUUUUGUAUUCAUUUGUACCAUUUUUAUUAUUGAACAAUUUGUCAAGAGUGAAAGGCAAUUACAUGUGAUUUUAUUUAGUUUAUCGCUCGCCAUAAUUUCAUGACUGCUUUAUUUUAUUGAUUUUAUAUUGUGAAUUAUGUGUAUAAUUUUGUCUGAAUUUUGUACCGUAACAAGAUGUGAGUCACAACAUAAUUUGUUGUGUUUCGUUUUAUGCAUAUGAAUAAGAUUUCAGAUAAUAUAAUACUCAUGUAUAAGUUAUAACUUUGUUUAUUCGGACGAUUUGGAUGGCUUGUAAUCUGGAUAGACGAAAAUGUAAUUAUGGUUAACAUUAAAAGGAUUUAUUUUACUCUACUGAAAUAAGCAGUAAUAAAAAGUAAGGAUUCAGUUUCUUCCGAGAGACAUAUCAGAAACGUUUCUAAGCUGUGCGAUCCUGCAAACCUGUUACAAACGUAAUUUUCACCAACGUACGAGACUGGGUAUUGAUUUUUUUCACUUUACACUGUCAAAAGAAAAUUAUUGAUCUGUAUUAACAACUUGCCUAUUAGUUGUAUAUAUUUUUACUGUCCCAACAAAAUAUCUUUUAUAUUUUUUAUUAAUUUUUUUGUUAAGCAUGGUUUUUUAAAACAAAAAUAAGUUUUUGUUGACAGUUGAUAGUAAAAGUAACAGUAUUAUAAUUAGAUGUUUACACAGCAUUUCUGCUGUAGGUGGAAAUGCUCAUGAACACUAUCUAAUGGCAAAACAACACAAAACGUAAUAGAAUUAUUGUUGGCUUGUCCACAAUCCGUUUGUCUGGUUAAAUAAUAAGAAACGGGUUAGUAAUUCAGCGUAACACUGGGCAAAGGGUUCUGAAUAAAUAAAAUUGGACUUUAUUAUAAAAUAAAUCCUCAGUUAAAAUUAAGAAUCUGUAUUUUGUUGUUUGUUUAAAAUAUUGAUCAAUUUACGUAUUGCUUGUGCUCAUUCAUAAUCAGAUUCAAAUGUUACAACAAAACUAUUAUUUUAUUACUGAAUGUUCAAUAUAGUCGAUAUGUUUCAUCAUCCAAUCCAAGAAUUACAGCCAAUUCAAAUAUCCAGUUGAAGAAAUGUAUUGUUAAGUGAUGCAAAUAGGUUUUUGUUGUAUUGUAUUAAAACAAAUUUACAAAGUGUUCAUUAUGAGGUUUAGUUUGUGUUAUGUGUGUACAGUUCAGGUCACGGUGUACAAGUGUAAUUUAAUCUAGGAUUAGUGAUGGGUUGUUAACAAUGAUGCCAGACAGAUAGACAGUUAGUGUGUCGACACUUAAGCCUGCCAUGCAGUGUCUAGUACGUUUUAGUGAACUAACUGUUGACAGUUGGUGAACUGGCUUUUUGCCUUUUAACGAUAGAGAAUGCUCUGUGAUGUAUAAAAAUAACAAAUAGUUCUUAUUAGAUGUACCAAGGAAAAUUUAUUAUUUAUAGAAAGUGUGGAUUCAGUUGGAACUGUCCUGAUAAGGAAUCAAUGUUCGUUUAGUGCAAUAAGUUUGUAAUAUGUCCAUAUAAUGAAGGAAUGGGUUUCUCCAACAACGUUACAAAAUUCAUAAUAAUGAAUAUUGUAAAGUAAAAUAAAUGUGUUGAUUUAAGAGACUUAUUGCACCAACAAUAUAACAGUGCAACAGUACUGAAAUAAAUGGCAACAAUGGUAUCGGAUAUGCUCAAGACUGAUUGGAGCAUUUUGACUACUGGAUUGAUAAUUUCUCGAAGAUCGACAUUGUGAAUUGUUGUAUCAGAGAUUGAAAUAUCAAAACAGGAUAUAAUACGAGCUUUUAUCAAAAUUUUAGUAAUGCUAGGUACUAUUGUCCUAUCAGUGUAGAAUGAUAUAACAGAUGCAAUGUCCUGAUGAGAGUUAACUAAGGAUGAUUGUCGUUUGGCUCCUGUUCCCUCUGUGUUGCUGUCCCCUUCCUUCCCUCCUUUAUUUAGAAUCAUAUCAUAUUAGCAUCAUAUUGACCUUGAGCAUUAUUACCUAAAAACUAGUGUUAAGCAUUUCUAAACACUUCAGCAUUAGACAUCACCUGAAUGGAAAAGUAGUUGAUUUUGAUUGAAACGAUAAAGAGCCGUGGUUUACAGAAGUUCAAUUAAUAGGAUUACUGCUUUAUUUAGAGCUGGUGUAUUUACUUAUAGUAAAACGUCAAAAUCAAGCAAUUUUGAGGUUAGGUUUUCAAUGUGAUCCGUAGGCACUUUUAUGCCUCAUGUAUGAUGUAGGAAGAUUAUUUUGGCUAAAAAGACAAACACGAAAGUUGUUUUGUUUCUAAACCACGGCAGUUUCAAAAUAGUCGACAACUGAACAUUCAAACUUACAGUGUUGCAAAUAUCAGUCUCGUUGCAGCUUUGAGAAAUGUUUUAUGAUUUGCAACUUUGUUGGAAUGAGACCCAUUAAAUUUAUUUUUUAUUGAGUGUUGUUAAAGAUGUAAAACAGUUUUAUAAAACAAUGACUGAAUAAGUACAUUAUGUACUGUAGUGAAUGAAUGUUAGACUUGAAAUUGUUUUUGCAUGUAUUGUAACUUGUAUUACAGACGAUGUGACCAAUAACAGCUGGUUGACGAGCAUGAAAACUGUGUGAUUAUUCUUGUUGUACUUUAAAAUUGGUACUUCUUUGUAGUAUUUAUAAUUUUACUGGUUAGCAACAGAGCAAUAAGUAACUUUUCAAUGAAAAAAAGUUUCCCUGUGAGUACUUAAUUAAACAAGCCACUAUCUACAGUAGUACUCCUUCAGGCUAUCUUGGGUACAAGUAGUGAAAAGAUCAUUGUUCGAUUUUAUUUUGUACCACCUCCAACCUCAAAUGUAUAUAAGAUGUUAAAAUGGGAGGUGUCAAACUUGGGAAAGAAUGAACUGUUAGUGGUGAUUUUAAGUUUUGUUUCAUAAAACUCUGACAACGACUGUAUGCUCUAAGUAGGUUGUUGAGUGUUACAUAUAGUUUAUUGUCUUUGUAUUGUAUAAUAAACAAUCAAACAGAGUUUUAUAACCUCAAUUAAUAUAGUAUAUACGUGUUCUCAAUGACUUAAAUUAUACCAAAUUGCUAUUAGUUUCAGAUAAACCUCAUUGCUUAAAGUAAUCUGUGUACAAGUAGUUCCACAGAUUCUGCCAGCCACAGUACCAAAAACACUAAGAAUUCAAACUAUUAUACCAAAGGCACUUUAUUUUAAUAAUGAGAUUUAUUCCACUGAAGAGAUAAGUUUCUGAGUGCGAGUAUUUUUCAUUGCAAGUCUUUGGUUUAUUAUAUUUAUCAAGAAAAGAAAAUUCAAAAUUUUACACUACAUACAAAACGUACGACGGCUAUCCAGAAAGUAGAUUAUGUUUUGCUCUGUAGCCAUUAGGUGCGAUCACAGUCCAUUUUGAUGUCAGGACUAUAUUUCUUCCAGUGGCUAUCCAGCUGUGCUAGUGAGGGCUUGAUGUUGCUCCUUGUUGUUUUACAAUAGCAGUUUAGAAUGUGUGGCACAAUUGAAAAUUCCUUGCAGUAUUGAAGUGCGGUCGAUAAUACGGUUUUUGUUGGCUAAGCGCAAUAAAUCAAUUGGGAUUUAUUGCCAGCUCUGAAAUUUAUGAGAACAAUGUGAUUACUGAAGGUUGAGAUUACUCAAAUUUCAAGAAGUUUAUUACACAAAAUUGUUACACAGAAGUUACAAUAAAUUUUGCUUUUCCACAUCACCGAGGUACUCCAUAUCCGCCUUACAGUCCAGAUAUUGUACCCAGCUACCACCACCUGUUUCCAGCAAUGGAGACCUGGUUUGCAACGCAGUGCUUUGAUGAUGAUGUGGAACUAUGGAAGGGUGUGACUACCUGGUUGAAGUCAUAACGCUAGUAUUUCAAAACUAGUUCACCGAUAUGAUAAGUGACUAAAUUUGUAUGGUGACUGUUUUAAAAAAUAGUAUUUUUAGUGUUUCAAAUGUAUAUAAUAUAAUUUUUUCUUGUACUUAGUUUUUUUUAUAUCAAAACGUUAUCUACUUUCUGGAUAGUCCUCAUAUGAGUGACACAUUCUAUAGGUACAGGCCACGGUAAAGGUAGGUGCUAGGUAGCUCUAGAUACUUCUUAAUUUUACACAAUUUAGUGUUGUUAACAACCAAACAUUUGCUGUCACCCUGUCAAAUUUUGUUUUGUAUCGUUGCUUUAUAACCAUUUAGUAUUGUUUUCUUCUAGGGCGUGCAAUUGGCCCUCUCUGGGUACAUUUUUUUACAUUCUCUUUUGAUAAAAUUUUUUUAGUCUUAACCAUUUUUUUAGCAAAGAUAAGCAUGCGUAUCCAUUACAGAAGCAAUGCGAUUCUGUCUGACAGGAGACAUGGAGGUUGUGUAGACCUCUUACCUCUACCAGUAAUGGCGAAAAAGGUUGCUGGAGAAACAUUUGUCAGAAAGGCAAAUGGAGGGUAAAAGUAAAGUAAAGUAAAGUAAAAAUGACAUAUUUUACCAGGCGAAUUUAGGGCUAAGAAGCCCUCUCUAACACUUAUCCUGGGGACCAACAGCUUAAAUGUGACUUCCGAAACACCAUCAAUGGCUGGGCAGGCGGGUUGUUUGCAAGGUCAGGAUCGCUCAGCGGUCAUCCAUCCAAGCAGCAGCUACGCUCGACGUUGCUUGAUCUGGUUAUCUUGCAAUGACCAUUGUAAAUUGGAAGUAUGGUUGGAGAAGCUCAAUUGCUACAAGAUGACAAAUAAGUACAAUUUUGAGAAAAAUUAUCAUUUGGGAUUGAGUAGCAAGAAAAUAUGGACAUAGAACUCAUAUUGUACUAUUACGACAGGUGGGAUAAAUAUGGGUCAAUGACCAAGAGCAUACAAUAUUGGGCCAUAAACCAAGUAUUACAGUAGAAUCAAAUUAUUUAAGAAAUUAUAGAACACGGGAGAUUUCUCUUUUGUAUGACAGUCAAGCAACAAUCCAUCAGCUCUGGUAUGGUGUGGGAUGGAAAAAUAUACUUCCCCUCCUCUGGGUGCCAGGACUUGAAGGAAACGAGAAGCCGGUCAACUAGACAGAAAGGAGGGUUCCACAUGUCUAAUAGGAGCUGAACUAGGAUUAGGGCAAAUUACCGCAUUCUUUAGAGGGAAGCUCCAGAAAAGAGAAGACAGCCAAAGGCAAGGAAAUAUCUUUGGAAAAACGAGUAGGGGCAAAGACAAGUCAAGAAAUUAUGGAGAUAUUGUCCACAGAGAAGCUGAGAAUCUUAUCAAAUUCACAUCUAACUCAGUGCUUUGACAGGCUUCUGUAGUGCGUUGCAAACUCAUUGAACACUUGAAAACGCUUGUUUUUAGUGAAUGGUAUGUGCAGAUUCUGUAAGGAUGGGCAAAAAAUAUGUUAUAUGUAGAGGCAACAUUUUAGGCUGGCCUUAAUUUCUAUCCAAGUCGUAAGUCUUGACCUCAUCCAAGUAUUUUGAAGACUCCUUAAGGAGACAGGGCUUGCAGUACUAGUAUAACUGGAAUUUCUGCCAUGAAUGUAUGCAUUGGGAACUCAAUUACCGAUCUUUGCGGAUCGUUGUCACCUAAGCAUUUCAGAGGUGUUUGACAAAUGUUUCACUAUUAAAUUAGAAUCUAAGAGGAAUCAGCAUAACUGACACUAAUUGUGGAUUGCUCCACACAAUAACGUAACCAGGAAAAACUUUUGGGGGUAUCCAGAUGACUGAUGUUUUCCUGAAGUGGACAGAGAGUAAGGCCGCAUUUUGUUCCUUAAAAAGGUUUUGGCCUGUUUCUUUCUUGAGAACGAUCUUUCAGUAGUACAUGUCAAUAAUACUGAAUGAUUUAAAUAAUAAUCGUUUACUAAAAAAGUAAUUGAAAAUUUAGGAGGGGGGGCGGACCCCUUGGAUCCCCUCACUGGCUCCCUCCACAGGUCAUUAUAAUUAAAAACUAAUUAAUUAUAGGUCAAAACUUCAUUUAUUCAAUACUAAUUUAAUAUUGUAAUUCAAAUUUAAUUUCUACAUUGAUUAGCAUUCAUGUAAUAUGGAGGCUUAAACUAUUUACCAUCUUUAGCUAUGUGUAUGAAAUAUUUUUGUACUCUUUUUAUUUAAUAUCGUACAUUUCUGACCAAGCUGCUAUCCGAUUAUGCAUGUAUGGAAAUUUUAAUUUCAAACUUGAAUUUUCAUUGAUCAAAUGGCUUACAACUUUAACAGUAAUGCUGUAAGCUUGUAAUUUAUUUAAUGGUACUACUAAUGCUGUCAGCAUUAGUGCUAUAGAAGUAAUAACAAUUUUGAGUGAAAUCCAUUUUUAUAAUCCAAAAAGAACACAUUGGAUUGAAAAUAGUGUUAAGAGACAUUGUGAGUUUUUCCAUUCUAAAUUAUUCAAAAUAUUAGAUUAUGAAUCUGAUUAUUUGGCCAUUUAUGAAUUCAAGUGGAAAUUUAAUAUUGAUUUAUAAAAUGUUAUCUUAGUUUUUAAGGGUUAUACAGCUAUUGUCGAACUAUCAUCUCCGUUUUACCAUCUGUUGUCUGAAGGUGAAUUUCCACAGCAAGGCUAACGUGUUUAAAUAUAUUAAUUGUUAAGCAAUUUUUUGAUGCGGUGCAAACUGGAGAACUUAGAUGAUGGUUGUAAAAUGGUACAUCGUUUUAUAGUGUAAUAAAAUAUUAAAUACAAUAUUAGUAGUUUAAUUGAACUUUGUCAAAAAAAAUAAACACAUCUAGUUUUUUUAUUAAAUUGCAUUAUGGUCAAUCAAAAUUUUAAAUGUCUUUGCUACUUUAAUGUUUUUUACGCAUUGAUAAAUUAAAAAUUAAUUCAUUUUCAAAUCUUUCUUAAUUUAUUAUUGUUAAUUAUUUUUCUGUAACAGUAAAUUAGAAUCAACGAUAAAAGAUAACUUUUAGAAUUAUAUAUUUUUUAUUACAUUUUAUCUACUUAUUUCUGAAAAGUGAAAAUGAUUUAAGAUUAAAAUUUUUAAUACUGUAUGUCUUAAAGACUGAAAUGUAAGCAUGUAUAUAUUUUAUUUAGUACUAAUAUUUUAAAUAGUUCUUAUGAAGGGGAGUUAAAGUCAUUCUAACCAAGUAUUUAUCAGCAAAAUUUUAAAAUCUUUGUUCUUGAAAUUAGUUUUAUUGGAAAAGGCAAAAUGUUAUUUUUUGUGAUUUGUGUUUGUAACUGUUUUUGAACUUUAUUUAAGUAAGUUUUAAAUGCUAUAAUUUGUUCUGGUCUAUGUAUUUAUUAACAAAACAUUUUAAAUAAAAAGCCCAUUGUAUCUUUGUUUACUUUGAUCUUUCCUGUUUGUAAUUUCCAUUGUAUAUAAAAUGUAUAGUUUGUGUGUUGUAAUUUACAUAUUAAGACAUUAGACUCCUCGAUUUUGUCACUAUUACUUUUAAACUAUCUCCUUUUAGGGAGGACUUUGUUUUGUUUAGUAAACCAGUUGAAAAAAUUUCA